GCACGGCUCACAUUCCCGGAGGCGCCCGGCCCUGGGGCUCGACGAGGGAGCUGGCGGGUGCACUUGCGCUCCCCGCUGUCGGCGAGAAGCGGCUCCAAUCGUGACAGCGGCAACGAGGAAGUGGAGGCGAGGGCUCGCGCGCGCAUCCCGGGGGCUGGAGGAGCCCCGGCCCCGCGGCCCCGCCCGGAGACACACGGCGCGGAGUCGCGACAGCCCCUCUCGCUCCCCCUUCUUGGAGUCGCGAUAUGGGGUCGUGAAGGGCAAGUGGAAGAGCACAGGUUCGUUCCGCAGGCUCCUCACAGACGCCUGCCGAGGGCCCCGGGGGUCAAGCCCCGGGGAACUCGAGGAAGACAGCAAGAAGACCGGCGUCCCCACAGCACCGGCUCCGAGGCGGUAGCAGCACACCACAGAUCGCCAGGGAGACCCGUCCCAGCAGCCCUCGCGGCGCACCGGAAGCGGCCAGCGGCGCGUGACUGCGUGCGACCCCUCGCGCAAGCGCAAAGGCCCAGCCCCAGCUGGAGGGCGGCCCAUAGGAACUGCGUGAAGGCUUGGAUUGGGGCCGCUAAAGCGAACGGACUGUUUCCGGUGAAAGGUCCCGGGCGGAGGAAGAAGCUGUGGCUGGGGGCGGUGGGACGCCCCGGCCGCUUCAGGCCCCGGGCACUGCUGUGUGGCGUUCAGUUUUCCACACUUGUGGCAAAACAAGCUGAGAAGAGGAACGAAGACAGCCCUGUUAGUUGUGGCCCAGAACCUCAUUCCCCCGAAAUGGCAAACAAGGGCAACAAGAAACGUCGGCAAUUCUCCUUGGAGGAGAAAAUGAAAGUUGUGGAAGCUGUAGACUCAGGCAAGAAGAAAGGUGAUGUGGCAAAAGAGUUUGGUAUCACUCCUUCCACUUUGUCUACAUUCUUAAAGGAUCGUGCCAAAUUUGAAGAAAAGGUUCGGGAGGCAUCUGUGGGACCCCAGCGGAAAAGGAUGAGGAAUGCUCUCUAUGAUGACAUUGAUAAGGCUGUUUUUGCUUGGUUUCAAGAAAUCCACGCCAAAAACAUCCUCGUGACUGGUUCUGUCAUUCGGAAGAAAGCACUAAACUUGGCCAAUAUGCUUGGCUAUGACAAUUUUCAAGCAAGUGUGGGCUGGUUGAACAGAUUUAGAGAUCGCCACGGAAUUGCUUUGAAAGCAGUCUGUAGAGAGGAUAGUGACAGGUUAAUGAAUGGUCUAGGAAUAGAUAAGGUUAAUGAGUGGCAUGCAGGGGAAAUUAUAAAACUGAUUGCUGACUACAGCCCAGAUGAUAUCUUUAAUGCUGAUGAGACAGGAGUGUUUUUCCAACUGCUUCCCCAGCACACACUUGCUGCUAAAGGGGACCAUUGUAGAGGGGGCAAGAAAGCAAAGCAGCGGCUGACAGCACUCUUUUGUUGCAAUGCUUCAGGGACUGAAAAAAUGAGACCAUUGAUUGUUGGUAGGUCAGCCAGCCCACGCUGUCUCAAGAACGUCCAUUCCCUCCCUUGUGAUUACCGAGCCAACCAGUGGGCAUGGAUGACGAGGGAUCUGUUUAAUGAGUGGCUGAUGCAGGUGGAUGCCAGGAUGAAGCAGGCAGAACGCCGGAUCCUCCUGCUCAUUGACAACUGCUCUGCUCACAGCAUGCUUCCCCGCUUGGAAAGGAUUCAGGUGGGAUAUCUGCCCUCAAACUGUACUGCUGUCCUGCAGCCACUGAAUCUUGGGAUAAUUCACACCAUAAAAGUGCUAUACAGGAGUCACCUUCUAAAACAAAUCCUCCUCAAGAUCAACAGUAGUGAGGAUCAGGAAAAGGUAGACAUCAAGCAGGCCAUCGACAUGAUUGCUGCAGCUUGGUGGUCAGUCAAGCAGUCCACGGUGGUGAGAUGUUGGCAGAAGGCAGGCAUCGUCCCUAUGGAAUUUACAGACUCUGAGGAAGAUACAGCAGCCAGUGAACCAGAUGUUGCCAUUGAAAAGUUGUGGCACACAGUGGCUAUUGCCACCUGUGUCCCAAAUGAAGUAAAUUUCCAGGACUUUGUCACUGCAGAUGAUGAUCUCAUCAUCUCCCAGGAGCUGACAGAGACAGAGAUCAUCCAGGAUGUGGUGGCUAGUGAAAAUACUGGCGAAGCUGGAAGUGAAGAUGAAGGGGAGGUAUCUUUACCAGAGCAGUCAAAAAUCACCAUCACAGAGGCCAUCUCAAGUGUACAGAAACUUAGACAGUUCCUUUCCACUUGUGUAGGUGUUCCUGAUGCCAUUUUUGGACAGCUAAAUGGCAUAGAUGAAUAUUUAAUGAAAAGAGUGACACAAACUCUUGUUGAUUCCAAAAUUACAGAUUUCCUCCAAACAAAAUAAUGCAGGAAUUAACUGCCAUUUUUACUUUAGAAAAUGUAGUUUAUAAGAAUAAAGAUUACUUUAGAUAGGAUACUGAAUUAAUUUAAGUAAAGCAAUAUUAUUAUGACAACA